AUGGGCUUACUGAGUAUGCUUAAAAUAUGGUCAUAAGUAAAAAUGAACAGAAAACUGCUUUUUCACAGGGAUUCCUCUAAUGGUUAAGGAGAAUCAAAUAUUACUCUGUGCUUUUCAGAUGUUUUGCCAUGGCUGGUAUGACCUGUGGUAGGGUGAACUUUCCACAUGAACAUGUUAUAUUCCAGUAUCAAGUUCUGAAAGGGAGUGCUUUUUUUCAAAGAACAUGUAAUUCUCCAUUGACAGGCAUGAAGAGCAGAUGACAUGGCAAACCCUGUUUACUGAUUGCUCUCCAGAAUGUGGAGAUUGCCAGAGAAGUGACCCCAGCAAAGGAAAAUACUGCUCUCCCUAAAUUCAAAAGACAUCCUUUGUGGUGCCAUAGCACAUGGAUUUCAGAGCCACCUGUGAGGAGACAAAGACAGGGAUUUGUUUGCUGCAGGAUGGUAAUCAGGAGCCUUUCAAAGUCCGGCUGCACCUAGCCAAAGACAUUUUGAUGAUCCAGGAACAGGAUGUGAUAUGUGUGUCUGGUGAGCCUUUCUAUUCUGGUGAAAGAACAGUGACCAUCAGAAGACAAGCAGUGGGAGGAUUUGGAUUAAGCAUAAAGGGAGGAGCAGAACAUAACAUUCCAGUUGUUGUUUCAAAAAUCUCCAAGGAGCAAAGAGCGGAACUUUCAGGACUACUCUUUAUUGGGGAUGCAAUUCUACAGAUAAAUGGAAUUAAUGUGAGAAAAUGCAGACAUGAAGAAGUGGUUCAAGUUCUUCGGAAUGCUGGAGAAGAAGUGACCCUAACAGUGUCAUUUUUAAAAAGAGCACCUGCUUUCCUCAAACUCCCAUUGAAUGAAGAUUGUGCAUGUGCUCCGAGUGACCAGAGCAGCGGCACCUCCUCUCCUCUCUGUGACAGUGGCUUGCAUCUCAACUACCACCCCAACAAUACAGACACGUUAUCAUGUUCCUCGUGGCCAACAUCUCCAGGCUUGAGGUGGGAAAAGCGGUGGUGUGAUCUCAGACUCAUCCCUCUGCUUCACUCUCGCUUCUCUCAGUAUGUGCCUGGGACGGAUCUGAGCCGGCAGAAUGCCUUUCAAGUCAUUGCUGUGGACGGGGUCUGCAGUGGCAUUAUCCAGUGCCUCUCUGCUGAAGACUGCAUGGACUGGCUACAAGCAAUAGCAUCUAAUAUUUCAAAUCUCACAAAGCACAAUAUUAAAAAAAUCAACAGAAACUUUCCUGUAAACCAGCAGAUCGUCUACAUGGGCUGGUGCGAAGCCCGGGAGCAGGACCCGCUGCAGGACCGCCUGUACUCGCCCACCUUCCUCGCCCUGCGGGGCGCCUGUCUUUACAAGUUUCUGGCACCUCCAGUGACCACCUGGGACUGGACCAGAGCAGAGAAAACAUUCUCCGUUUAUGAGAUUAUGUGCAAGGUUCUCAAGGACAGUGACCUGCUGGACCGGCGGAGACACUGCUUCACCGUGCAGUCCGAGUCGGGGGAGGACCUCUACUUCUCCGUGGAGUUGGACUGUGACCUCGCCCAGUGGGAGAGAGCCUUCCAAACAGCCACCUUUCUUGAAGUGGAACGGAUACAGUGCAAGACCUACGCGUGUGUGCUGGAGAGUCAUCUAAUGGGACUCACGAUCGACUUCAGCACAGGAUUCAUCUGUUUUGAUGCUGCGACAAAGGUAAUGUGUUCAGAUCAGCUCUGAAAAGUAUGCUGCAGACAUUCUAAUUCAAGAACGAUUGAGAUACCUUCCAACUCCUUCCAGCAUUUUAAUUAGUUAUCAUGUAUCUAACUUAAGAUCCUCAUUUUUGUUAAUGGAAGAUAAAUUAUUCUUCAAUUGGCUUAUAGAAACAAAGUUUGAAUUUUUAAUAAAACAAAUAUAGUACAACAAAA